AUGAACUCCAUCUUAUCUGCUUCAACACUCUUCUCUUUCCUCAAAAUGGCGAUCAUACCAUCAAUGCCGGGCCUCGAGGUCACCAUCGAAGUUGACAAUAUCGCAUUACCCGAGCACGAGUACGAAGACGAGGACACCACCACUGCUGGCCACGGAGCUUUCGACGACUCAGUCACGAGAUACAUCGAGGUACCUUCUGGGGCGGAGUUCUCUAUUCGCUGGCUACUCAGGCCACCUUUCGAGUCAACUGCCGCCAUCCACGCAACCGUCAUGCUCGACGGCUUUUACCUGCAUGCACCGAUUAGAGAGACUGGCGACAAAGACAACGUCCAAGGGUACAAAUACGCAAAGACGAUAUACAAGGAGGAUAGACAAAGCUUCGCCCAGUCUUUUCGUUUCUCUGAGUUGGAAAUUGGCAAGUACGAUGCAUCGCCGUUCUACUACCUCGAGACUGACCGUAGCGCAGAUGAUAGUAGUUCUCGCACAAUUCAAGACCUGGAGCACCAACUCGAAGGUAUCGGCUGCAUCACAGUCUAUUUUUACCAGAUAAUCGGCGAAACCGAGUUUCACGCGACCGUCGUGCCACAGCUCGAACUGACCCAAUGCGAUCCCAUGAGCGAGAAGAUUGCACAGAAAAACGCACCUAAGCUCGGCGACGUUCUCACCCACCAAGCAAGCUUGACCGCGCCACAAGCGAUGCAUAGCUCCCUAUUCCACGAGAUCCAGACGGAAGACGCGCCCUUUGCAGCCUACACGUUCCACUACCGCUCCAGAGGUGCUCUCCAAUCCCUCGGCGUCAUACCACGCCCGCCCUCGCCCUCCCGCUCGCCCACCCUCUCACCGAAACUCGAACUCGACACGCGCGACCCCGACACCAUGACGCGCGAGGAGCUGAUCGCCGCGCUGACCAAGACGAAAGAACACGGGGAGGCGUUUGUGCGCAUUAAGCGCGAGCGUGAGGAUGUCGUUGCUGCUGCAUCCAGCAUUGGAGAUGACGACGAUGAUCUAGUCUGGAUAUGCACCAGGCCGGCGAAGAAGAGGGCAUUUGUGGUGCUGGAGGACUGA